CCAGGGCUCAGGAGGGAGUAUCCCCUUAAUCCGGGGCUCAGGAGGGAGUAUUCCCUUCACCCGGGGUUCAGCAGAGAGUAUCCCCUUAAUCCGGGGCUCAGGAGGGAGUAUCCCCCCACCCGUGGGUGUGGGUAGCUGGGCGCGCCCCCUCGUUCCCAGAGGAACUUCCCGGGAAACCUCUUGAGCAUCUUCCUAACCCCGCUCUUCGCCCUCCCCGCGAGGGUGAAAGGGAGGACACCGGGAUGGUUGAGAACUCGCCGGCCCCGCUGCCAGAAAGGGCGAUCUACGGAUUUGCCCUUUUUCUAGGAUCGUGGUUUGGCUUCAUUUUAUAUCUCAUCUGGGCAUAUAUUCCUGAGACUUGGCUCUUCUCCUUGGGACUGACAUACUGGCCUCAAAAGUACUGGGCAGUUGCUUUGCCAGUUUACCUCCUGGUUGCUGUAGGAAUUGGUUAUAUAUUGCUUUUUGGGAUUAACAUGAUGAGCACAGCUCCACUCGACUCCACACACACCAUCACAGAUAACUACGCAAAAAAGCAGCAGCAGAAGAAAUUCCAGGAGGAAGCAAUUCCAGCACUGAGGGAUAUUCCCAUCAGUGAAGUGAACAGGAUGUUUUUCCUCCCUGAAAAAGGAAUCUGCAAUAGCAGAUAGUCAGUACCGAGGUUUGUUUGAGCAAAGGAUUAGUGGAAAUGUUGCACAAGGACAGUCAAAACCUCUCCAAGCUAACAAAAAAAAAAAUACUCUUUCAGCUUGGAGAACAAAGGUUUUAUGGGUUUUUUUCCCCUAACUAAAUUUAUAUUAACAAAUUUAUUUACCUUCACAACCUGCCUUGGUAUGAGAAUUACACCACAUUAAUUUACCAAGCCAUUCUUGGGAGCUUAAAAUGUCCUGUAACUUGUCUUUUCCCUCUGAGAGGGAAAGAAACACCUUAGUUUAAUUCUAUUUCCAUAGUUUAAUUCUAUUUCCCCUUAAAUUCAGGGAGGAAAAAAAGCUUUUGCUGGUCAAGUGUCGAGGAUCUAUUUUUUAUUAAGUUAAUUGGAACUGUUUACAUUGUAAAUAGAAAGCUUUGCUUUGUAAAUAUUAAUAAAGUGUAGCUCGUUUUUAGGUGUUUGAGCUCA